AUUUUCUACAACGGCGGUGUAAGCGUCGAAAUUACAAUUGAGAUUGCGUUCCAAAUAUCUAUAGUUCACGUUAAUGUAUUAUAGAUUAGUAGCACUUGUGGUAAAUUUUUGAACACAAGAAAGUAGAGGCAAUACUGGCAAUGUCGAUAGUUGGAGGUUAGGUGGACCAGCGUAACCAUGAGCGACCUGAAAGCUAGAAUUGAUCAGGCUUGUCGUACGGCGGAGGAAUUUACAAAAUUGUAUUACGAAUCCUUGGACAAGCGGAGAUACUUGAUUUCAAGAAUGUAUAUGGACAGCGCUACCCUAAUAUGGAAUGGAAAUGGCGUUUCGGGGAAAGAUGAUAUACAAAAAUUUUGGACGGACUUCCCAACCUCGGAGCAUACUAUACAGACACUCGAUGCUCAGCCAAUUACAGGUCCAGAGGUAGCCACCCAAUUAACGUUUCUCGUCAAAAUCGGCGGCCAAGUAAAAUACGACGACAGGAAUUUCAAACAGUUUAACCAGACCUUUUUAGUUACGGCUGUGGGCGAUAAAUGGAAAAUUGUUAGCGACUGUUUUCGAGCGCAAGAAAUAUUAGAUAACAAUACAAGGAUACAAGGCGUUUUUGAAGGAACGUGCCAAAAC